GAUAAGUAAAUUUCACAGCGUGGUUAUCUCAUGCACCGAUUUGUUUACAAAUUAAAGAAAAUUGACAGCUCAUGCUCACGUAAAAAUUGACGAUUAUUUCGACAUGUUAUUAUUUUGAAAUUAAACACAUCUGCAUAUUUUAUCUCAGUUAUUGAUAUAGGGAGCCAAAAAAAUUGAGACAAUGUCGGUUGUGAAGGAGGGUUAUGUCAAACGACAUAGCAAGAAUAUGUUUUCUGGGGGUUGGAAUGAUGUGUAUCUUAAGUUAUACUCAGACAGUAGUUUACUGGCAUAUAAAAGACAGGGAGAUAGGGAAGCUAAAGUACAAAUAAAAAUGAAGGAUGUGUGUAAGCACUUUGCGUUCGGAGAACAUGCAGGUAAAAACUUCAAAGAAAUUCCCCAGUUGCCAUCUGGUGCAAGUAUGUCAUGUAUUUUAGCUAUACCAGAAAAGCCAAAUCAUAAAGCAAAACCUCAUUACUUUCUACUGAAAAAUGAACAAGAUCUGCAUGAAUGGAUGACAGCAAUAUGUUCCACUUUACCGCCUAGACCUCAGAGUAGUCAUGCUCCAUCAGGUGGGGAAGCUCCCAUACAGGCACAACAUACCCAGUCAGUGAGUAGCCAGCCUCCUCCUUACAGUGCGGGUCCUUCAUAUGGCGGGCCACCCAUGCCACAACCUGUAGGAUUUGCAAAUAUGGGUGCUCCUCCUCCAGCUGGGUAUCAGGCCCCAUAUCCCCAGCCAGGUGGUUACCCCCAGCAACCUGGGUAUCCUCAACAACCAGGCUACCCUGCCCCAGCACCAGGAUAUCCACAACAGCCUUACCAACAACCAUACCCCCAACAACAGCCGUACCCAACACAACCUGUAGGCUACCCACAACAACAGUAUUAUGGAGGACAACAGCCAUAUGGGUACCAGCAGCCACCACAUGGUUACGCUCAGCAGCCUGGCCAACAAGUUGUUUAUGUACAAGAUCAUCAUAAAAAGAAAGGAGGAUUUCCUGGUGGCAACACAGGAAAAAUGGCAGCAGGUUUGAUAGGAGGCGCUGCACUAGGUUAUGGAGCAAGUCGUAUGAUGGGCGGGGGGUUUGGAGGGUUUGGUAUGGGCCGGUGUGGAAGUUGGAGUUCACUCAGUAGUUUUGGAAGUUUCGGCAGCUGUGGAAGUUUUGGAAGCUUUGAUUAAAAAUCCCAGUUUAAUUCUUCGUGACACUGUUUUAUCUUGGUAAUCUGAAAGAUAAAGUUAUCAUGGUGUUACAUGCUGGCAUAAACUUGAUAUCCAAUGUUUGUCAAGAUAAUGGUAGAUAAAACAAAUGACAUCAAUGCACAUAGAUGUUUUUUUCAGUUGGCAUGCAUUAUCUCCCUUGGUUGUUAUUUUUUUUAUUUUUAUAUUUUUUGAAUAUUUACUAGAAAUUACACAGAAACAGUUCACAAAACUUACUAAAGAAAUGCUUUCUGAAAGUGAUAUACAUCAGGUUUUGUUAGCAUGUGUAAAGGAAUUUAACAAAUGGCCUUGGAUUAUCUGUUUAUCUUUCAAAUUUUAUGAACUGUUAGUUUACUUCUUGCCAUCAAAAUGACUGUAGGUUUUGCCAAGAGAGAUAAAUGUUGGGAGCUUGGGAACUAUCUGUUACAGACAUAUUAAGAGUCAUAACAUUUGUAUAAAUAGCACAUAUGUAAAAGAUCCAGCUGGAAAAUCAGUGUAUCAGUACAUCUUUUAUAAAGAUAAUUUAUCUUGAUAGUUGAAACUACAGAGUAAAAAUACAAAAAUUGUAUAUGAUCUUUUACAUAUGUGUUAUUAAUACAAAAUGUACAUAUAUAUUCAGGAAAAUCAGUGUAUCAAUGCAUCUUUUGUAAAGGUAGUUUAUUAUCAGAAUAUUACAGAAGUUUCUAUGAUCUCCCUCUUCAGAUAUGUCAUUCUUUAUUAAAGAUCUCCUUAGAUUCUUUACUGAUUCAUUAUUUGUUGAAUAACACAUUAUUUGAAAUAUGCACUUAGUUCUUUACACAGACAGUCGUUUAAAUUUAACAUAUAGUUAUGAUCUUAAACUUUUGAUAUUAUGUAUUCCAGGCAAGUAAACUUAAUGUAGACAGGUUUUGUGAUAUGUUUCCUUGAACAAUGUUAAGAUAUUCAACAUUCUUGCAUAGUAAAUUGUUGGGUGUUAUUAUUAUACAUUUCAAUUUUUGUUGAAAACUGCAAUAAAAAGCAGCCUUACUUGCCUACCUUUAUAUAGAAAUAUCUCCACAAUUUCAAUACCUGGACUAGAUAUAUUGUAGUAAGGAACACAAAAUAUUAUUCUUUGUUAAAUAUGUUAGGCUUUGAUGAAACGUUUUUUGUUGUUGUUUUUUUUAAUUUUGUAAUUAUAUCAAGAUCUAUGUUAAUUUAGUACAAAACAGUUUUUAAAGAAUUAAAAAGUGAUUUUUUUUUAUAAAAUUAUGUAUUUUAUGUUAAACAAUGCAAUGAAGUGGUAAUGAGUGUUGUACUGUUUGUAGAAUUUUGAAUUGUUACCAUAGGAAUAAAUUUUGGGUAAAAACUGUUUUAAAAUUAGCAGCCUCAAACCUUUGGAUAUUGAGAAUUUUAAUUGAGAGUGAAAUAUAAGUGCAUGUAUUGUUAUAUAACUGCUACAGUAUGAGAUGGUUAGUAUUUGAAAUAAGCUUAAUUUUAUGUUAUUGUUGUCCUGUUGAUGUGCAUAUUUUAAUUUUUAUAUAUACAGCACAGCUUGUUCAAAUAUUAUGUACCGGGUAUGUUGUCUGUGUUUUAUUAACAUUUUUUAUUAUAAAACAAAACAUAAUUUAGCUAAACUUUGCCUCAUAUAUGUAAAUUCCAUUUAUAUAAACCUUCAUAUAUGGAGAAAUAUUUUUAUGUAGAAUUUAUUCUUAUUUAAAUAUUUUUGUUUGGUUUUAGAUAUUUUGUAGCUUUAUCACUUUCACACUUGAUAUAAAAGUGGCAAGUCUUUGCCACCAGUAUUGACACUUGACCACUUAUCAUAGCUAAACAAAGAAAGGACUAGUCAGUUAGAUGUUUCCAUAUAGUUAUUUGUAUCAUGAUAUUUCUGAAAUUUUCAAAUUGACUGUUCUCUACUUGCUACGUUUGGAAACAUGGCAGGUUUUUAAUUUAUAAAAAGCAAGUGAGAAACAAGAAUAAGAAAUCAAGAGUUGUGAAAAGUCAAAAUUAUUGUCAUAAGUUUACCAUUUCUGCAACCAGCACUCUGGUGGUAUAUAAGUAAGUUGUCAAACAUUAAAGUAGGAAUAGUUUGCUGAAAUAUUGACAUCUAUGUUUUAUUGUUUUGCAUUGAAAAAAUGUAUGGAAAUAACUGUGUGCAUUAUUUGGAAAUAACAGUGUGCAUUAUAAUCAUUUUAUAUUAAUUGAUAGAAUGUAUGUUUAUGCUAGCUUAUUCACUCCACCUUUAAGUUUUGUUACUAAAAAUAAAUAAAAUCUUUUAUGUAAAA